AAAAAGUGGUUAUUAUCCUCAAAAUCCCAACACGCAUAUGUCGUGUGUAUUAACCGGGUCGGACUCUUGCUCGGACAUACCAUCCACCUUUCUUCAAACUUCAAACUUCUCCUCCUCACCGCCCCCUCUUCCAUUCUAGGGUUUUUCAGGUACCAUCUUCUCUCCGCUAAUUCGUCUCCCAAAUUUCUCACAAAAGCUCUAUCAUUUCACUAUUAUUCUUCAAUUAGGUUGUUAUUGAAGAUGUCUCGUGUGUAUGUUGGUAAUCUGGAUCCAAGGGUCAGUGAGCGAGAAAUUGAGGAUGAAUUCCGCAGUUUCGGUGUCAUUCGCAAUGUGUGGGUUGCAAGACGCCCUCCUGGCUAUGCUUUUGUUGAUUUUGAUGACAAACGAGAUGCUCAGGAUGCCAUCCGCGAACUCGAUGGUAAGAACGGUUGGAGAGUAGAAAUGUCUCACAACUCUAGAGGAUCAGGUGGCGGCGGCGGUGGCGGAGGGCGUGGUGGAGGUCGUGGUCGCUCUGGUGGUUCUGAUUUGAAAUGCUACCAGUGUGGUGACGUUGGCCACUUUGCUCGUGAGUGCCGUGGUGGUGGUGGUGGUAGACGCCGCAGCCGCAGCCGUAGCCCAGUCAACAGGUACCGACGGAGUCCUAGCUACGGUCGGAGGAGCUACAGUCCUCGUGGCCGAUCACCGCCACGCCGUAGCGUGUCACCCCCUCGCAAGACUCACUACAGCAGGUCACCUCCGCAUCGUGGACGAGACGAGUUGCCAUACACAAACGGAAAUGGGCUAAAGGAUAGGCGUCGUAGCAGGAGCUGAUCACUAUGGAAAUCAACCUUUUAAGAAUCCUGGAAUUUGUUAUCUGUGCUGACUUGUUUUCAACUAUAAUCUGCUUGAAUUUGGUUAAGGUUCUUAACUUUUAAAAGUACCAAGUUUAUUUAUUUGCAUAUCUUAAGUCUUAUCUAGUUUUAUUAAGAGGACAUGUUAUCGUGAGGUGAAUGCUUAUUUGCAUAUAACAAUGCUAAAGACAUAUGCUUGUUUUUUUAUGUCGAGGUGUUAUGCUUCUUCA